CUAUUUUGACUUUAUGCGGCGAUAUUCAUAACGUUACGAGAUUUCUCGCGCUGCAAAAGGAUAAUUUUAUUCGGAAAUUUAUAGGUAGAGUAGAAUUCAAAAAUAUAAUUCUCAGUUUCAUAAAUUCAGAGAGAUCGCUUAUCCUGACACAGGAAUAAUAUCUGUGAUGUCUUCAAAUUGAAGUACAAAGUUGGCAACAAUUUUAAUUUAUUGUUUCUUGAAACGUAAAUGUCAGAUUUGUUAACAUCAAAAUUCCAGUGAAUUCAUAUCCCAUAUCAUUAAAUCGACACCAUCUCAUUAAUUUUCAAGUAAGUUGAAUACAAUUUUCACUAUUUUUAAUUUGGCAUGUGUUAUGUGUACCUAUAAAACAAUAAAAAGGAAAUGCUUCUGACACGCCAUUCUUUGUGAUUGGGAUAUUGUGCAUGUUGAAAAAUUACGAUCCGUUGAUAUCAAAGAAAAUGGCUUUUGCAAUUUUUUGUCCUCUGUACUUUUAUUGACUUUGAAAGCAGCCUGUUAACUGUUUAGAUCGUCUAACCUCAGAUACCAAUAGAACCAAUAGAAAAUGUGUGAUCCUCCACCUCCAUGUUUGCCAUCAUGUUGUGGACCUUGCGGAGCUCCUCCACCAUGCCCACCUCCAUGCCCACCUCCUCCAAUCCUACCUCCAUGCCCACCUACAUGCCCACCUCCAUGCAUGCCUCCACCGCCUCCAUGCCCGCCACCGCCACCAGGAUGCACUAGUAGUUGUUUUCCACCUCCGCAACCCCCUUUUCCAUGCCCGCGUUAUCCUCCUCCUUGUCCAGCAUCUCCUUGUCCAAGAGUCCAAGUACGAAAUUGCCCAUCACCAACCCCAAUACGAUGUUGUCCGAAUGAUAGUACCAAAGUUUGUGGCCCAAGAUGCAAUGUUACAGCCGCCCCACCGAGACUACCCACUAGACCCGCGCCGCCUCCAAAAUGUCCGCCUACUUGUUCUUGUAAAGGCGGCGGUUGUGGUUGUCAAAGCCCUUUCGGACCCCCAUGCUGAUUCAUUUUGUUGAAAAAUAUUUUCAAAAGCAUUAUGAGAAAAGGUCUGUAAUGAACAAAUUUCAUACAAUUUUAAAGUUACAUUAGAGAUGAAGAACAAUAGGAAAUAACUAAUGUUAAAGAAUGUACCUAUACGGUCUUAAUAUCUGCUUAAGGUAAAAUUAUUUGUAUCACAAAAUUUGAACUUUCUCUCAAUCUCCGAAAUAAUAGUACCAAUUUUAAUCUAUAAAUAGCUAAUUACAUAGAUACAUUUACCAUUUUGUUAAAAUUUUAAAAUUGUUCAUUAUUUAACCAUUUGUAAUAAGAGUCUGCUUUACCCCAGUUUUACUUUUUCUGGAAUGUCCGGAAGUAAAUGUAUUUUUUAAAAUAUAAUGGUAGGGAAUGCAGUGACAUUUUUUUGUUACACAUUUGCGCAUGAAUAUUUACUAAUUUAUCGUUCAUUAUUGCCUUGUAAAAGAUGUAAUACUUUGCUGCAGAUGCACCAGCAAUGCAGCGCUCGGUUAAAAGUGUCUUAAAAAAGCUGUUGUAGAAAAUGUUAAUUCAACAUAUUUAAUUAGA